CCGCGUCCGCCGCGCCGUGCCGCGGAACUGGGCCGGCGUCGGGCGCCGGUUCUGGCGGGGCCGGCGGCGGGUGAGACGCCGCACCAUGUACACUAUCACCAAGGGGCCCAGCAAGCUGGUGGCGCAGCGGCGCUCAGGUCCCCCGCAGCAGCAGGUGGAGAGCCGACUCGGCGAGCUCCUGAAAUGCCGGCAGCCGGCGCCGCAAACCGCGCCGCCGCGCGUUCAGCCCCCGACGCCGCAGCCCGGGCCCUGGCCGCUGACGAGUCCAGGGCCAAGGUUAGUGUUCAAUCGAGUGAAUGGUCGGCGGCCCCUUGCCACUUCCCCAUCCUUGGAGGUACCCCAGGAGACCUACACAUUAGCACAUGAGGAGAAUGUCCGCUUUGUAUCCGAAGCAUGGCAGCAGGUGGAACAACAGCUGGAUGGUGGCCCGGCUGGUGAGAGUGGGCCAAGGCCUGUGCAGUAUGUGGAAAGGACCCCUGAUCCCCGGCUACAGAACUUUGUGCCCAUUGACCUGGAUGAAUGGUGGGCACAGCAGUUCCUGGCUAGAAUCACCAACUGUUCAUAGCAGUUGCCCUGGAUGGAAUGCUGCCAUGGCAGACCCUUUGCCAGAAGAGAACCAGGGUGUCCAUCCACUGUGUGGCCUGGCUGGAUGCCAGCCACACCUGAAGUGCCAGCAUUGGAACUUUUGCACCUAUUGUUCCUUUGGCUCAGUUGUCUCAAGUUGCCAAGAUCAUGGGCUGAACCUGUCUGACCUCAAUCCUGCUCACUGUGUGCAGGGACCAGCUCUGGGGCUGGCAGGGAGGAGUAUGCCAGACUAAUAAAGUUGAGAAACUGUC